AGAUAACACAAGAUACGAACUAUUAGACGAACUGUCUGCAAUUGUGGACAUAACAAGACGUAAUUGAACAUUUCAUCAUUGUGAAGAUCAUACUAAUGGUAUUGGAACGAAAAAAUGAAAAACAAACAUUGGACUUCAUUAUAAAACUUGUAGAGGAAAUCAAUUUUCCUUAUUUCCUUUGGGUAUAAAAGCUCUCUCCACGCAUUGUUUGCGGUUAUAUACGAUUCAAACGCGUGCAGUAAAGUUCGCUAACGGUAAAUCAGCAUUCGGAAUACAGAAAAGAAGUCGCUCGGAUUAUAGAAAAUGAAUUUUUGUAUUAUAUAUUCCUUCGUAAUAAUAGUACUCAUACUUGUUGAUGCAUCUACAAUAUCUAAACAUAUUCAAGAUUCAAAUGCUGAAGGUUUAGACAUAUUUGGCACCAAAGUCGGCGAUGCGAAAUCCAUUGGCCAAGUCAAGAGAGACACAAGUCUUAGCUAUGCAGCAACCAACAUUGAUUCCAAGGAAGGGACACGUGUAAAAACUAUAACUGUUAUUAAAAAUCACAGUGGUAAAAACGAUGGGAAGUUAGUAAUCAAUCCAAAUUUACACAAGAAUGAGGAUUGGGCUAAUGCCUUUAGAGAUAAUUUCGAUAGCUAUGGUGGUAUACCUGAUGUGCCCGAUAUAGAUGAACUAUUUGAUUUUGUGAAACAUAAACCGAAGGAUGAUAAAAAUGGCGAUAAGAAAGAUGUACCGGUUCUUAAACCAAAGGAUGUCACAAAAAAUGAAAACACAAAGCCGACUAUAGAGAAUUCAUCAGAAAUUGAAUCAACUACAUCAGCAGUAGUGGAAAAGAUUAAGGGUGAUGCAGAGGUAAUAUCUGGAUUAAAAAAGAAUCAGACAAAUGCUCGUUCACUUUCACUGGGUCUUAAUAAAGAGUUAACGCGCGAACCCUUAACUAAUACAAAUUAUACUUCCACGGAUAAAUCGAAGAACAUUUAUUUUGAAAAAUAUAUACAGGAUGUUUCGAAAGGCUAUGAUUAUCCCAAGCCAUGUCCCCAAGGGGGAAAAGGUGCUGUUAGUAUUACAAACCCAUCUUCGGGGCGAUCCUACGAUAUACCAGUAGCAGGAGAUUCACCAGGCACGCCAUACAUAGCACCCUCCAUCACAAAGAAAACCCAGGUGUCAGGAUCGCAGCCGCCACCGAACAGCACACCAAAUGUAGCAUCUACCUUUGUACGACCGAAUUUUUCCGUUAAUUCGAUUUUGCCAUCACUUCAGCCAACGUCUGCAAAUCCCACAAUUCAGGGAUCCCAGCAACCAUCGAAUACUUUGAAUCCACAAUCACAAUUAGCACAGGAUCAAGGAGGAACUUUUUACACAAGUCAGCGCCCAUAUGUUGCCCCAAAUUUACGGAGUAGCUCUAGUGCUAAUGGUGCAACGACGCCCCGAUCAUUAUAUAGAAACGACAUUGGCACCUAUCGUGGCAAUACGUUUCUGUUAGGUGCAAAUAGGGCGAAUUCGGCUAGAUCACGUGGUUUAAAGUAUCGAUAAGACUACAAAUACUUUUAAUAUAGACGCAUGUACAUACAUACAAAUGCAAAGAUAAUUUCUUGUAUAGAAAAUAUUUGCAAGUUAAAUGUAAAGUUAGGACACGACCUGUAUAUUAACUGACGUAUAUGACAUUUUCCAUAUUCAAUACGCAAAUUAUGAAAGUAGGAGACUAGCUCUGUAUCUAUCUUUUAAAUAACUUUUUUUUAUUCAACUGCUUCCUAAUAUAAGCUUUAUAAUACUUCAUACAUACUACAAUAUGCUUCGGACAAAUUCUCCAAAUAGGAAGAGAUGUUUUAUUUCACUACAAUUCCAGUUGGGUGGUUAUAGAGAUUUAGGGUAAAAUAAAAACAAUAAUAAUAAUAAUUCAAAAUGUAAAUAUUUCGCUUAGUUAUUUUAAGGAUGUAUAAUAAAUAAAAAUUAAUAAAGCAACUGAAUUUCGGAA